AGAAGAAGGGCAGGUCACAGCCUACUACAGCUUCUGAUUCAAACUGCAGAGUUUGAGCUUCCUUGAUCGUUUCAAACCUCUUUUUCUGUGUUUGACAGUCUUUCGGGCAGAAUGUCGACAGGUGACGACGUGCGGGAAAACGUGAAGAAAUACUAUGGCAGUCGACUGGAGACUACUGCUGAUGUGCAAACCAGCGCUGCCACCUCCUCCUCCUGCGGCAUUUCGUUCCGCCCCAUGCCAAAAAGUGUGAAAGAUGCUCUGAGCCUGGUUCACCCAGAAGUCAGCAGAAAAUUCUUCGGUUGCGGUCUUCCAUUUCCAUCGAAGCUGGAGGGCUGCAGAAUCUUGGACCUCGGCAGCGGCUCCGGCAGAGACUGUUAUGCCUUCAGUAAACUUGUUGGACCGAAUGGACACGUGACGGGGCUCGAUAUGACAGAGGAGCUGAUCGCAGUAUCCCGUCAGUACAUCGAGUAUCAUCAGAAGACGUUCGGCUACGAGAAGCCCAACGUCACCUUCGUCCAGGGAUACAUGGAGAAGCUCGGUGAAGCUGGCAUCCAGAGCAACUCAGUGGAUGUUGUGAUAUCCAACUGUGUAAUCUGUUUGUGCUCUGAUAAAAGAGCAGUGCUGCAGGAAGCCUACAACGUCCUCAAGGAGGGCGGUGAGCUUUACUUCAGCGACAUGUAUGCCAGCAAAGUCAUUCCUGAUCACAUGAAGCAAGAUCCAGUACUGUGGGGUGAGGGAAUGGGCGGCUCUCUGUUCUGGCAAGACCUUAUCUCACUGGGCCACAGCGUCGGCUUCAGCACUCCACAACUUGUUUCUUCGAGCCGCAUCGUGGUCCACAACAGUGAGCUCAAAGCAAAAGCAGGCGACAUCAGCUAUAUUUCAGCCACCUACAGGCUCUUCAAGCUGCCCAAAACUCCAGUGCUGUCCAAAGCAACUGUGACCUAUAAAGGAACAGCAGAUUUCCCAGAUCAGCUGGACUUUGAUUCCUGCCACAGUUUCAAGAAAGAUGUGGCAAUGGAGGUAAAUGGAGAGAUGGCAGCAAUCCUCCAGAGUUCCCGCUUCUCCUCAGAUUUCAAAAUCCAGAUGUUGGAUAAACAGGACUCCAGCCCUGAGUCAGCACCGAAGUACUGCCACCUGGACCCGUUUCUGUGGUCUGACAAAAUGGGAUCCUCUGUGAAGCAAUGCUCCAAAACGGGCAAAUAAAGAAGCAGCUGAAUCCAGAAGAAGAAAAUGUGAUGAAGACAUAAGAUAACAGCAGCAAAUUAAACUCCUACUAACGUCUUCUAUUUCCCUCUUUUUUAAACUUUUGAUUUGUAGAUUUCGUCUUUAAAGACUUCCUAAAUCAUCUUAGUCAUGUAGUUACGGCAUUUUUUUUCAGAUGACUUCAUGGUUGGCAGGUGUUGUCAUAAUCAAGUGUCACUUUAGCAUUACUAUAAAUCAUAUUUUUUUCUUAUUCCACAGUUGAUUGUAUUUGUGUAGAGACUAAAAUGACUGAAAUAAUAUAGUAACAAGAGUUUCUUGAACUUGUGUUUUUCUAAUUCUAACUUGAAAAUCUGCAUAUGAAUGAACUGAAAGCAUCUUGCAAAUAUUUGUGUUGCAUCUGUCAUCUUUCCUCUGUACUUGACGUUUUAAGACUAUAAAUGCUGCUGUGUUCACAGGCAGUGGAUGGUUUGUGUUAAGUCUUGUAAGAGUACAACAAGGCAGGACUGGCAACAAUUAACAACAUAAAUGAAAAUAAAGAUAAAAGAUGUAAUAAUAAUUCA